GUAUCAUGAAAGAGGAACAGAAAAGAGAUGUCAUUGUUGGUGAAAGGGAAGCUUGCUUUCCCAAUUCGUGGAUGCUUCAUGAUGGGAAGAGGAAAAAUACCUAGAUGGCUGAAGAGAUUAGAUUUUUACAGUUGUACAGCUGAAGCUGAUAAAAGAAUAUAUGAAAAUGCUUUUUUGGGGUCAUAAUAGGCUGCUGAAUAAGUAACCCUGAAAAAAACAAAUUUGAAAUGAGAGGCAGGAAUUUUGAUUUUUUUUGUAAGCCAUGUAGGACUUUGAAGACUUGCUGAGGGUGUUUUUCUCCCAAAAAUGGAAGAAGAAAAAGUUCUGAAAGCAAAAAGAGUAAAAAGUUGAGAGGAUCAGCAACUGAGCCCACCCCAAGAAUUCCUUCAUCAGCUUCUGUAGGGAAACACAUAAGCACAUCUGACAUGUGGGGUGGUGAUAACCAAGUUUCCAGUGAUGCUUUCUUAUGCUAGGAAUGACCCAUACUUUGGUUUUGGGAGUGCUUUUUCUUCUUUCUAUUUCAUAAUGUGUGUUCCAACUCUUCAUGUUAGACAAAAGAUUUAUGUAAAGGAAGUAAAUGCUGAAUUCAUAGUACAUUUGACUGUCGUACUAAUGUUCCUUGUAUAUUACGGAAAAAUUGGAGAUUUUAACAUUCUUUGAAAUUGUAUUGGAAGCAAAACUGUGUCAAGGACACAGAUGUCUGAUACAAGUUUCUCUUUUUGGCAACUGCACUUGAUUUGAAUGAGCCGAGUAUCAGCUGGAUUUCACAGCAUAGAUGAUUUGUUUUAUCAAGGCCUUAAAUGUAUAGUUUUUACUAACCAGAUGGGAAACACAUUGAGCACUGUGUUUGACAUGUAUGCCUAAGGAAAAGAACUCCCUGAUGGAUCAUGGCGUUAAUGUUUACAGGACAUUUCUUAUUUUUAGCAUUAAUGAUGUUUGGUUUCUCUACUUUUGAAGAGUCUGUGAGCAAUUACUCUGAAUGGGCAGUUUUCACAGAUCAGAUAGAACAGUUUAAGACACAGAAAGUACAAGAUUUCAGACCUAGCCAAAAGCUGAAGAAAAAUAUGCUUCAUCCAAGUUUGUAUUUUGAUGCUGGAGAAAUCCAAGUAAUGAGACAGAAGUCUCACACAAGCCAUUUGCAUCUUUUUAGAGCUAUCAGAAGUGCAGUGACAGUUAUGCUGUCCAAUCCGACAUACUACCUACCUCCACCCAAGCAUGCUGAUUUUGCUGCCAAGUGGAAUGAAAUUUAUGGCAACAAUCUGCCUCCAUUAGCAUUGUACUGUUUAUUAUGCCCAGAAGACAAAGUUGCCUUUGAAUUUGUCUUGGAAUAUAUGGACAGGAUGGUGGGCUACAAGGACUGGCUAGUUGAGAAUGCACCAGGGGAUGAGGUUCCAGUUGGCCAUUCCUUAACAGGUUUUGCCACUGCCUUUGACUUUUUAUAUAACUUAUUAGAUAAUCACCGAAGACAAAAAUACCUGGAAAAAAUAUGGGUUAUUACUGAGGAAAUGUAUGAGUACUCCAAGGUCCGCUCAUGGGGCAAACAACUUCUCCAUAACCACCAAGCUACUAAUAUGAUAGCAUUACUCACUGGGGCCUUGGUGACUGGGACAGAUAAAGGAUCUAAAGCAAAUAUAUGGAAACAGAUUGUAGUAGAUGUGAUGGAAAAGACAAUGUUUCUAUUGAAUCAUAUUGUUGAUGGCUCUUUGGAUGAAGGUGUGGCCUAUGGAAGCUACACAUCUAAAUCAGUAACACAGUAUGUUUUUCUGGCCCAGCGCCAUUUUAAUAUCAAUAACUUGGAUAAUAACUGGUUAAAAAUGCACUUUUGGUUCUAUUAUGCUACCCUUUUACCAGGCUUCCAAAGAACUGUGGGUAUAGCAGAUUCCAAUUAUAAUUGGUUUUAUGGUCCAGAAAGCCAGUUAGUUUUCUUGGAUAAGUUCAUCUUAAGGAAUGGAGCUGGAAACUGGUUAGCCCAGCAAAUUCGAAAGCACCGACCUAAAGAUGGACCAAUGGUUCCCUCCACUGCACAAAGAUGGAGUACUCUUCAUACUGAAUACAUUUGGUAUGAUCCCCAACUAACUCCACAGCCUCCUGCUGAAUAUGGUACUGCAAAAUUGCACACAUUCCCAAACUGGGGUGUUGUUACUUACGGAGCUGGGUUGCCAAAUACACAGACCAAUACCUUUGUGUCUUUUAAAUCUGGUAAACUGGGAGGGAGGGCUGUAUAUGACAUCGUUCACUUUCAGCCAUACUCCUGGAUAGACGGAUGGAGAAGCUUUAACCCAGGACAUGAACAUCCAGAUCAGAACUCAUUUACUUUUGCCCCAAAUGGGCAAGUCUUUGUUUCUGAAGCUCUUUAUGGUCCCAAGUUGAGUCAUCUUAACAAUGUGUUAGUGUUUGCUCCAUCACCCUCGAGCCAAUGUAAUAAACCCUGGGAAGGUCAGCUAGGAGAAUGUGCACAGUGGCUCAGGUGGACUGGUGAGGAGGUUGGUGACGCAGCUGGGGAAAUCAUCACUGCUUCUCAACAUGGGGAGAUGAUGUUUGUGAGUGGGGAAGCAGUGUCUGCUUAUUCUUCAGCAAUGAAACUAAAAAGUGUAUAUCGUGCUUUGCUUCUCUUAAAUUCCCAAACUUUGCUGGUUGUUGAUCACAUUGAGAAGCAAGAAGAUUCCCCAAUAAAUUCUGUCAGUGCCUUCUUUCAUAAUCUGGAUAUUGAUUUUAAAUACAUCCCAUAUAGGUUUAUGAACAAGUAUAAUGGCGCUAUGAUGGAUGUGUGGGAUGCACACUACAAAAUGUUUUGGUUUGAUCAUCGUGGCAAUAGUCCUAUAGCUGGUAUCCAGGAAGCAGAACAAGCUGCUGAAUUUAAAAAACGAUGGACCCAAUUUGUUAAUGUUACAUUUCCAAUGGAAUCUACAGUCAUGAGGAUUGCAUAUAUCUUUUAUGGACCAUAUGUUAAUCUUUCGAGCUGCAAAUUUAUUGACAAUUCCAAGUCUGGACUUCAAAUUUCUCUCAAUGUUAAUAAUAGUGAACAUGUUGUUUCCAUUGUAACUGACUACCAUAACCUGAAGACUAGGUUCAGUUACCUGGGAUUUGGUGGCUAUGCCAAUGUGGCUGAUCAAGGCCAAAUCACCCGAUUUGGUUUGGGCACACAAGCAAUAGUAAAGCCUGUAAGACGUGAUAGAGUUAUUUUUCCCUUUGGAUUUAAAUUUAAUAUAGCAGUUGGAUUAAUUCUUUGUGUUAGUCUGGUGAUUUUAGCUUUUCAGUGGCAGUUUUACAUUUCUUUCAGAAAGCUGAUGCGGUGGAUACUAAUCCUUGUUAUUGCUUUGUGGUUUAUUGAGCUGCUGGAUGUGUGGAGCACUUGCACUCAGCCCAUCUGUGCUAAAUGGACAAGGACAGAGGCCAAGGCAAGCAAGAAGACCUUGUCAUCUGAAGAGCACCAAGUCAGUCUUCCCGAUGUUGUCAUUACCUCACUUCCUGGUUCAGGAGCAGAAAUUCUCAAACAACUUUUUUUCAACAGUAGCGAUUUUCUCUACAUCAGGGUCCCGACAGCCUACAUUGAUAUCCCUGAAACUGAAUUUGAGAUUGACUCAUUUGUAGAUGCCUGUGAAUGGAAGGUGUCAGAUAUCCGCAGUGGUCAUUUUCGUUUACUCCGAGGAUGGUUGCAGUCCUUAGUCCAAGACACAAAACUACAUUUGCAAAACAUCCAUCUGCAUGAACCCAGUAGGGGAAAACUGGCUCAAUAUUUUACAACAAAUAAAGACAAAAAAAGAAAAUUGAAAAGGAGAGAGUCUUUGCAGGAACAAAGAAGUAGAAUGAAAGGGACCUUUGAUAGAGAUGCUGAAUAUAUUAGGGCUUUAAGGAGACACCUGGUCUCUUACCCAAGUGCACGACCUGUGCUUAGUUUAAGCAGUGGGAGUUGGACAUUAAAGCUUCAUUUUUUUCAAGAAGUUUUAGGAGCUUCACUGAAGGCACUGUAUGUAGUAAGGGACCCUCGGGCAUGGAUUUAUUCAGUGUUAUACAGCAGUAAACCAAGCCUCUACUCCUUGAAGAAUGUGCCAGUGCACUUAGCUAAACUGUUUAAGAUAGAGGGUGGGAAAGGCAAAUGUAACUUAAACUCUGGCUAUGCUUUUGAAUAUGAAUCAUUAAGGAAAGAAUUAACAAAAUCCAGACCUAAUGCAGUCUCCUUGUUGUCUCAUCUCUGGCUAGCAAACACAGCAGCAGCCCUGAGAAUAAAUACAGAUUUGCUGCCUACCAGCUACCAGCUGGUCAAGUUUGAAGAUAUUGUGCAUUUUCCUCAGAAAACCACUGAAAGAAUUUUUGCCUUUCUUGGAAUUCCUUUGUCUCCUGCUAGUUUAAACCAAAUAUUGUUUGCCACCUCCACAAACCUUUUUUACCUUCCUUAUGAAGGGGAAAUAUCACCAACUAAUAUUAAUGUUUGGAAACAAAACCUACCAAGAGAUGAAAUUAAACUGAUUGAAAACAUCUGCUGGACAUUGAUGGAUCGCCUAGGAUAUCCAAAGUUUAUGGACUAAAUGCUGCAGGUCAGCAGAAAUUUGCACUAAUGCUUUCCAACCCAAUUUGUGGAUAUGAAUUAGAGGAGUUUGUUUAUUCUUGUACUGUGUGUGUGUGUGUGUGUGUGUGUGUGUUUAGUCAGUUACUUGAACAGAAAGAUUAUUUUAAAAAUAGACACCAUAUUUGGCCUAGCAUGAUUUAUUUUUAUCUCGCCACUUUCCUUGUCUCUGCUUUUGGAACUUUUUCUGCUAGAUAUUUCUGCUACAGAGGUGUAGAUGAAAUUAUAUCACAGGGGUCAGGGGAGAUGGAAAGAUUUUAAAGGUUUUUGUCUUAACUCUUCAUCUGUAACUGCUAAUUUAUCUUGGGACCUCAAACACUGCUAAAGGCCUUGCAGUUGCUGCUUUACCCAAGCAUCUUUUGCUUUCAAGAUAGACUACAAAAGAUCCUUAUCUUUUUUAAAAAAAGGUCUUCUAAUGUAUUUAUCGUGCACACACACACACAAAAAGCUUUUAUUCUGUGUAAUAUUCAGUAGUGAUACCACUGCAAAAAUGUCAAAAGCUCCUAUCAAAAUUACAGGAUUCCUUUUCAGAAAUACAAUGGAAAUAUAGAAUGGACAUGUUUUAUCGAGGUCAGAAACACUGACCUUAAGAGCCCCCUUCAUUAAAAAAAAAAACUUAGAAAUAAUAAGGAAAUACAUCUUGGGCUAGUUUGGGUACCAAGGCCUGGUAGAUUAUUUUAGUUAUUUUAGAUGUGGUUGCAUGUUCAAAACUUUCCUUUCGAUUCUUUGCCUCCCUGAAGCCACAGCUGUUCAUCAUCAUGCUACUUGGCCCCUAUCCUGUCUCUUAUCAAGCAAAACAAUAGUUAAUAAUUGCUAAAUAUUUGUAGGGGAAUUUUUUCCCCCUGAUGAUUAAUUUUGCAUUAAAGCCUGACACAGAUUUAGGAUCAAAUUUCUUUUUUGUGGAAUUAUCACUGUACCACUCCAAAGGAAGUACCACUGCUGCCUGUGUUUUUUCAGACUGGCAACAGAAUUGGAAAACUGCCUGACUAUCCUGCAUCCUUUUGAAUGAGUUUACAGAUAGACUGCCAGUGUCUGCAAAAGUUAAAGGCAAAUGGGAGAUGAUGUCAGAGGCAUCUGUUUCCUUUGCCAUCUGCAUCUUAUAAAUAUAGUCGUCAUGAAAUUGUGGUUUAUUUUAUUCUGGUAGGCUCUGGAAUGAAAAUGCUAUGCCAUUAUAAGCCAGUGGAGUAAUUACAAUGCAGUGGAUGGGAACUAUUAGCAAUGUCAAUACUUGACGAAAAUCUCUGUACAGAUUCUAGUCUUCUUCCUGCUAUUUCAAACUGUAGUUCCCCAAAGCACUCUAACACUUGGGAGUCUGUCAUUCUGACCUAGAUAAAAGUGAUUCUUUCUCAGUAGUUUGUUAUUAUGUCAAAAUGUGCCUCCAGAGUGAUAAAGCUGUGGAUAUGUUACAUUCCAGCAAAACCUAACUUGGUUGUUAUUUUUCUUCCAUUAUAGUGUGAAUGGAAACUACCCACCCCAGCAUUUUCUCCCUUCCCACAGCUCACUGCUUUCUCUCUGUACUGUCACAAUGAAUGAAAAUCAUUGUAUGGGCUGAGAGUGCACCGAGGACCUGAGUCUAGUGCUAUUAUUCUCAAGGAAGAUUAUUCUUUCUAUCUCAGGGUUAUCAGCAAGCAUG